UCUACAGAAUCAGUCCACCCAAAUUCACUUUCCAUAAAUAGUUCGACAGAACAUAGAAGACUUCAAUUUUCAUCCAUUUUUCACUCUACCUCUUAUCCCUAUUUAUAUCACUUUCUGAUUUGGCUACUUAGUUGCCCAUAAAGUGUUUGAUUAAUUGUUUGAAUGAAAUUCUGAGCAAAUCUAAGUGUUUGAUUUUGUUUGUAUUACAUCAUAUUUGACGACCCUUUAUAGUGUUUGAUUGAAUUAAUUCGAGCGACAAAGGGCUGAAUAUAAGGAGUUAUGAUUUUGCCUAUAAGGUGUUUGAUUAAUUGCUUGAAGCAAACUUUGAGGAAAUAUUUGUUUUUGUUUUAAUUGUAAGGGAUAUAAGUGUUUAAUCUUGUUUGUAUUACAACUGAUUGGUUGACCUUUUUUACUGUUUGAUUGAAUUAAUUCGAGCGAUAAAGGGCUGAAUGUGAGAAUUUUGUGCUACUUGAGUUUGCGCAUAAGGUGUUUGAUUGAUUGCUUGAAUGAAAUUCUGAGGAAAUUGUGGAUAAAGAGACCUGAUUUGUUGACCCUUUUUAGUGUCUGAUUGAAUUGAUUAGAGGGAAAGAGGGUCAAAUUGUUGGAUUUUGUGUUUGCACAUAAGGUGUUUGAUUAAUUGUUUGAAUGAAAUUCUGAGGAAAUUGUGGAUAAGGAGACCUGAUUUGUUGACCCUUUUUAGUGUUUGAUUAAAUUGAUUAGAGGGAAAAAGGGCCAAAUUGUUGAAUUGUGUGUUUGCACAUAAGGUGUUUGAUGAAUUGUUUGAAUGAAAUUCUGGGGAAAUUGUGGAUAAAGAGAACUGAUUUGUUGACCCUUUUUAGUGUUUGAUUAAAUUGAUUAGAAGGAAAGAGGGUUGAAUUUAAGAAUUUGUAGCUGGUUGGCGACUUUAUUUUUGCGCGUAGGGUGUUUGAUUGAUUGCUUGAAUGAGAUUUUGAGGAAGUUAUGGAUAAGGAAAUGGAUGUACUGAAUCAGAAAGUUGAUGAUGUUCCUGAGACUGUAAUCACUAUUAGAUUGGAUGAAGAUCGGGAAACUGAAAAAUCAAGAAUUGGCGGGGAACAGGGAAAUUCGGAUAAGAAGGGAAAUGGGUCGAAAGGGAAUGAGGAUUUAAAGAAAGGUGAUGAUUUUUCGUGUGUAAUCGAUGUGAAGUGUGAUGGGAAGUUGGGAGAGGAUUUUGAAGGGGAAAGCCAAAGGGUGUGUAGAAUUUCCCAUUUGAGUACAAAUGAAGCUGAAAAAUCAAGAAUUGGCGGUGAAGAGGGAAAUUCGGGUAGGAAGGGAAACGGAUCGGGUGGGAGUGAGGUGAAAGAGAAGGAUUUGAAGCGAGGUGUGGGAGAGGAUUUUGAUGGGGAUUGUCAAAGGGUGUGUAGAAUUUACGAAUUGAGUACAUAUGAAGCUGAAAAAUCAAGAAUUGGUGAUGAAGAGGGAAAUUCGGAUAUGAAGGGUAACGUGUCGGGUGGGAAUGAGGUGAAAGUGAAGGAAUUGAAAAAGGGUGAUGAUUUUUCGACUGUAAUUGAUGUGAAGUGUGAUGGGAAAUUGGGAGAGGAUUUUGAAGGGGAAACCCAAAGGGUGUGUAGGAUUUGCCAUUUGAGUACAUAUGAAGCUGAUGAGAAAAAUUUGGUGGAUUUGAUUGAACUUGGUUGUGGUUGUAAAGGAGAGCUUGGAUUUGUGCAUUCUCAUUGUGCUGAGGCUUGGUUUAAGCUUAAAGGAAACAGAGUAUGUGAAAUUUGCGGGGAGGUUGCACAAAGUGUUACUGGUGUCAGUGAUAACAGAUUUAUUGAAGAGUGGAAUGAUACGAGAUCUACUGCAAGUGGUACUGGUUCAACCGAAACGACUAGAGGUUGCUGGCGUGGGCAGCCAUUCUGUAACUUCUUAAUGGCGUGCCUGGUAAUAUCAUUUGUGUUGCCAUGGUUUUUCCGUGUAAAUAUGUUUUGAUGAGGUAAAAAGGGUAUAUAUAUUUACUUCCUCAUUGAUUUGGCCAAAUUUCUUGCUGACUUAUGAAUAUUUCGGACACUAAAUGAAGAAGGGCUAAUACUGUCAGCCAAUUUAGCCUUUUGCUGUGUAAAGUUUCAGCACAUGUUAUGAAUUUCUUCUUUUGCA